AUGAAUUCUCAAUCGAGCUUAGCGCCAGUAGUACUAGUCGAGAGACUCGUCGUCGAUGGUGUUAACUGCGAAAGCACUGUCGCCGAUGGUGUCGACGAUGGGAGAAAAGAGACGAGAAAAGGGAGGGACAGGGCAGACGGAAGGAGAUACGGCGGGAGUGGUGCAGAUCCUUCCCUCUUCUUUUCUCCCGCGCCCUCUCCACCUAACAACCCGCCCCACCACAUCUCUGGCCAUCGCGCACAGCGAGCAGCAAGUAAAUCGCGACGCGUCGAGCGUGCUCAGACCGCGCGAGGUUACCCAUUUCAAGAAAUCAGGCGUCACGAUGUUGCUUCGACUCGCCCUGAAGAUCCCUGUACCGUCAUUCACGGUCUAGACUCUUCCAAGUAUCCUGUAAUAGCCUUCCGUGGUCACAAAUUCCCUGCAGCAUUUCGCUUGCAUUUUUCGUCCUAUCAACGAUUGUCCCGUGUCGAGCGCUUUUAG